AUGACGGAGUAUGUGCAAAGUUACGAGGAAUUUGCAAACAAACCUGUCAAAUUUCUGUUACUCAUAAAGAAAACCCCUGUCCCAAAGGCAAUAGAACUUCCUGAUAACAUAAUGUUUAAUUUUUUGGACGAAAUCAAUAUAAGAGACAUCAAUGACUUUUUAGAUGAACUCAAAAUCACAGAGGGAGGAAAAAGAAAAGUAAAAAAAGAACAAAUGUUAAAACUUGUGCACAGAGGUAUGUUGAAGAAGUAUGUUGCUGUGAGUGACUUAAAUCAUGGUGUUCACAUUUCUUUUGUAGCACCAGAUAAAAUUUGGGUCAGUGAUGGACACAGUCUUAUCUUAACAAAUUCUAAAGGCAAUAAACUAUAUCAUUUGUCAGAUGUUAAUAAAAAUUAUGGAGUGCAUACAGUGAACAGUGCUGGAGACUUGAUUUAUGUGGACAAUGACUGGAACAUUAACAAACUAAAUGCAGUUAAUGCUACAAAAUCGACGCUGAUUCAGAGAACAGAUCUGUGGGAACCAUGGUGUAUCUAUCAUUCUUCCUCUACUGGAGAUUUGCUGGUCAUGAUGAGACAUGAUACAAGAGAUCCUACAAUUAUUUCAAAGGUGAAAUUCAUUCGUUACAAUAGCAAAGUACAACCAGUACAAACCAUCCAGUAUGACAGCUCAGGCCAGCAAUUAUAUCGUGAACCUAUGUAUAUCACGGAGAACCAUAAUGGAGAUAUUGUUGUAUCUGAUAGAAGGGAGGGUGUGGUGGUCACAGACUAUAAAGGAAAAUAUCGUUUCACUUACACAGGACCAGCAAGAGGAUUGUCAUUUGGAAUGUUUAGCCCACAUGGAAUCUGUGUAGAUGUUCUCUUAAAUAUCCUGUUCUGUAUUCCAUUUAAUUAUUUUCAAUCAGUAUACACGAUCGACAAGGACGGCCAUCUGCUGGCAAUUAUAUCAACAAAAAAAUAUGGGGUUAUUCAGGCUUUGGGUCUGGGAUAUGACGAAAAAAAUCAUCUUGUUUUGGUAGGAUCAGGGAAAACCAACAGACUGUGUGUGUACAGACAUAUAGAACGACAAGCUUAUCUUGCAUAA